GGGAAGGAGAAGCAGGAGGAGGCAGGUGGCCAGACACUCCCUGCCUGGCUCGGGACAUCCAGGCAUCCCCUAGGCCAUUCCUGACGGGAGCAGAAGAUUCCUUUGCCAGUGUGAGCUGAGCCCAAAGCAGUGCCCUGACCAGGAUGGAACAGAGAGAGUCAGCAUCUGAGAACCAGAAUCUCUCCACAGCCCCACCAGGGGGCUGCCUCCAGCCUAGGACCCCAGCAGCAGAAGAGAUGGGCCCUGACAUCAGAAGCAUUGCAGGGGUCUACAUGGAGCCCUCUGCCAAGACCAUGAGCCUCUACCAAGCCAUGCAAGAGCAUUUCCUCCAGCCUGAUCUUGCCCUCUCCCUGCUGGAGGCACAGGCAGCUACGGGGGGCAUCAUUGACUGGAGGAGAAAGCAGCUGGUCUCUGUGACAGAGGCCCUGAGGAUGGAGCUGGUUGGGCUGGAAAUGAAGGAAAGGCUCUUGUCUGCUGAGCGGGCAAGAACAGGCUUUAUAGACCCCUAUACAGAGGAGAAGAUCUCUCUCUACCAAGCCAUCCAAAAAGAGCUAAUUGGAAAGGAACAGGCCUUGAGUCUCCUAGAUGCCCAAAUAGCCACAGGAGGCAUCAUUGAGCCUAGCACUGGCCACCGUGUCUCUCUUCAAGAAGCGUGCCAGCAUGGCUACCUGAGUGAAGAAACAAAGGGCUUCCUUGGUGAUUCUGGGAAUGAGGCAGCCAAGGGCUUCUGGGACCCAAACAGCAACCAGAAGGUCACCUACAUGGAACUUAGGAGGAGGUGCAUAGCAGAUCCAGCUAGUGGCUUGCUUCUGUUGCCACUGAAAAUCUCUUUCCCUGGACUGAGAGGGGGUGUGUGCAGCCAUGAACUUCUGGAUUCUGGCAUCAUUGAUUCUGCCCUCUUCAACGCCCUCCAUAAUGGGGAAAUCACAGCACAGGAAGUUGCCGAGAUGGACUUUGUUCAGCAAUACCUCUCGGGGACAGGCAGCAUAGCAGGGGUGGCUGUUCUGGAUACCAGUGAGUGCAGGAGCUUUUACCAGGCUCUAACAGAACACCUCCUCCCACCAGGCAUAGCGGUGAUCCUCCUGCAGGCUCAAGCUGCAACAGGCUGCUUGGUUGACCCUAUAAAGAAUGAGAAGUUCACUGCUGACGCUGCAGUGCAGGCAGGAGUUGUUGGACCGGAACUUCAUGAGAAAUUAUUUGCUGCUGAGAGAGCUGUCACAGGAUAUAAGGAUCCCUGCACCAGGGAGUUAGUCUCUUUGUUCCAAGCCAUUAAGAAGGGUCUUGUUCCCAGGGAUCCUGGCAUUUUCUUGCUGGACGCCCAGCUAGCCACUGGUGGCAUUGUUGACCCUCACAUGCAUCACCGGCUUCCUUUGGAGGUGGCCUGCCAGCGGGGCCUGUUAGACAGAGACACACGUGAUCUCCUCUGCAAUCCCACUGAUGGCAUGCGUGGGUUCUUUGUGCCCAACUCCAAAGAGCCCUUGUCCUACACAGAACUGCUACUGAGAUGUGUUACUGAUCCAGACACGGGGCUCUACCUCUUACCUCUUUCUGGAGACACUGGUGGGGUACAUUCCUUUAUUGACCACAGCACACAGGUUGCUCUAAAGAACACGGAAGUGUCUGUGGCCUGUGGCAAAUUCAAGGGGAAACAAACGUCGCUCUGGAAACUCCUCUUCUCUGACUACUUCACAGGAAAGCAGAGGCGAUCUCUCAUCAAGCAAUUCUGCUCUAGGGGCCUUUCCACUUGGGAACUGGCUGACAUUAUCUGCAACACCAUCCAGCAGGCGGCUGCCAAUUCCAAAAUCACGUUCGAAGGCCUCAGGGAAAAGGUGACCCCUGCACAGCUCCUGAGUUCCAAAAUCAUCAAUGAAGAUUUGUUUGAGAAGUUAACCCAAGGGGAAACGUUAGCCAAAGAUGUCGUUGGCAUGGAUACAGUUAAAAAGUACUUGGAAGGGACUGGCAGCAUUGGUGGCUUAAUCCUGCCUGACUCGGAGGAGAGAAUCAGCGUCUACCAAGCGAAGAGAAAGGGCUUUCUGCGGCCAGGAACUUCCCUCAUCCUCCUCGAGGCACAGGCUGCAACAGGAUACCUCAUUGACCCUGCUGCCAACAAGAAAUACUCUGUGGAUGAGGCCCUGCGUGCAAAUCUCAUUGGCCCAGAGGUUUAUGACAAGCUCCUGGCUGCUGAGAAAGCCGUCACUGGCUACACAGACCCAUACACUGGCAACAAGAUCUCCCUCUUCCAGGCCAUGAUGAAGGACCUCAUUGUCAGAGAGCAUGCCAUCCGUCUCCUGGAGGCUCAGAUUGCCACUGGGGGCAUCAUUGACCCCGUCAACAGCCACCGCCUCCCAGUGGAAGCUGCCUACCAAAGGGGCUACUUUGACAAGAAGAUGAACCUGAUUCUCUCGGAUCCUAGUGAUGAUACCAAGGGCUUCUUUGAUCCAAACACCCACGAGAACCUGACUUACCUGCAGUUGAAGGAGAAGUGCGUCACUGAAGGCUCCACUGGUCUCUGCCUCCUGCCACUGAACAGCAAGAAGCGCCAGUUCAUUGGCAGUGCCACCAAGCAUGCUUUCCAGGGCUCAGGGCUCUUUGUAAAGUAUGGACGUUUCCAAGGGCAGAGAGUGUCUGUCUGGGAUCUGCUGAACUCAGAGUACUUCAGUGAGGGUAAGAGGCGGGAAAUUUUCAAUCACUACCACCUGCGCAUGGUCACACUAGAGCAAAUCAAGCUCCUGUUGCAGGAGGAGAUGAAGAAGUGGGCCCCCAUAAAAUUCCCAGCCAUCAGGGGCCACGUCACUGCCUAUCAUCUGAUGGAAUGUGGUAUCCUUGACCAGGAUCUCUUUGAAAGGUUGCUAGAGGGAGUGGUGACUCAAGAGGAGGUGCUGUGCAUGGACUCGGUCAGGAAAUACCUCUAUGGCACUGGCAGCAUUGGGGGCAUUGUGCUGCAGCCCUCCAAGGAGAAAGUGGGUUUCUAUGAAGCCAUGAAGAGGAAUAUCAUGCCGCCGGGUGUGGUGCUACCUUUGCUCGAGGCACAGGCAGCCACUGGGUUUCUCGUUGAUCCAGUGAACAUCCAAAAGGUCUGCUUGGAUGAUGCAGUGAAGGGUGGCCUCAUUGGUCCAGAGCUCUAUGACAAGCUACAGCGUGCGGAAGAAGCUGUAACUGGCUACAAAGAUCCUUUCACCGGCAAGAAGAUCUCGCUCUUCCAAGCUAUGAAGAAAGGCCUUGUUCCUGACAAACAGGCCAUGCGGCUCUUAGAUGCCCAGCUGUCCACCGGGGGAGUCAUUGAUCCUCACAGGGGCCACUAUGUUCCUGCAGAAUUUGCCCAGAAAAAAGGCUACUUAGAUGGGGAGAUCAGCAACAAACUUUCCCAUUUAGGCAGUGAGGCCAAAACGUUCAGCACUCUUGACAGUAAAGAGAGUGUGACCUACAGCCAGCUGAUAGACCAAUGUGAGGAGGAUGAAGGUUUGGGCUUCCGCUUACUGCCUCUCUCACAAACAGCAUCUCUUGUCUGCACAGAUCAGCAAAUGGAGCAUCUAUUCAAGGAGACCCUGGUGGAAGAAAAGGGACUUACUCUCUGGGAGCUCCUGAACUGUGGCUACUUCACUGAAGAGGAGAGAAGAGAUUUCUUGGAGAAGUUUAGGUCCAAGGCCAUAUCACUCCAGCAGCUGAUCAGCCUUGUUUUGAGAAUUAUUAAGGAAAUGGAAAUAAAGACUCAAGCCCAGGUCACCUUGCAAGGUUUGAGAGGAGCUGUACCUGCUGUCUGGCUCCUGGAUAAUGGCAUCCUUUCAGAGGAGACAUUCAUAGAGCUGGUGCAGGGCAGGAAGAUGGCCGAAGAUGUGGCUGAGAUGGAGAGUGUGAAGCAGUAUCUGCAGGGCACUGGGAGCAUUGCUGGGGUUUUCAUUCAAGCCUCCAAAGAGAAAAUGGGCAUAUACCAAGCCAUGCAGAAAAACGUCCUCCUGCCUGGCAUGGGGACAAGGCUUCUAGAAGCUCAAGCAGCAACAGGAUCGAUCGUAGACCUCAGGUCAAACCAAAGGCUUGGGGUAGAAGAGGCCACCAAAGCUGGUGUGGUGGGCAAAGAGCUCACAGAGCAGCUGCUGCAGGCUGAGAGGGCACUGACAGGCUACAAUGACCCUUACUCAGGAAGGCCCAUCUCAGUGUGCCAGGCCAUCCGGAAAGAGCUGAUCUCUGCUGCUGCCGGCAUCCCCUUGCUGGAAGCUCAGCUGGCCACCGGAGGCAUCGUUGAUCCGAUUCACCACCAUCACCUUCCUCUCCCUUUUGCCUACAAGCAUGGUUUCUAUGAUGAAGAAAUGCACAGGUCCCUUUCUCAACCCACUGAUGACUCCUGUGUCUUCUUUGACCCCAACACCCAGGAGGCCUUGACUUAUCAGCAGCUGAAGGACAGAUGCAUCCAAGAUCCUGAAACAGGGUUAUUUCUGCUUCCUCUCUCAGAAGAUGCUGCUUGUUAUGGGGACGAGCAGAUGAUGGCGGUACUGAAAGCAGAAACUGUUUGUGUUGGCACUGGGCGGUUUAGAGGGCAAGCGGUUUCUCUUUGGGAUCUACUGAACUCUGAGUACAUCUCCAACAGCAAGCGGAGAGAGCUGCUGAUGACCUACAAAGAGGAGAAUACUGAGGCCCUUCAAGAAAUCAUCACAGCCAUUACCAAGGUGAUUGGAGAGACUGAAACUCAAGGCAAGAGAUUCACCUUCAAGGGUUUGCGCAAGCAGGUGUCGGCCAGUGACCUUUUCCAGGCAGAGCUCAUAGACAAGGAAACCCUGGAUGAGCUUCACCAGGGAAAGAAAACUAUCCAGGAAGUCACUGAGAUGGACCGUGUCAGAAGAUUCCUGGAGGGCUGUAACUUCAUAGCUGGAGUCCUUAUACAGCCAGGUUGUGAAAAGAAGAGCAUCUAUCAGGCCAUGAGGGAGGGUCUCCUUAGACCAGGAACGGCCCUGGUGCUCCUCGAGGCCCAAGCUGCCACAGGGUUUCUCAUUGACCCAGUGAGAAACAAAAAACUAUCAGUAGAUGAAGGGAUGUCUACAGGGCUGAUUGGAAGAGAAAUUUAUGAGAAACUGCUGAGUGCAGAAAGAGCAGUGGCUGGAUACACACACCCCUCCACAAAGCAACAGAUCUCGCUCUUUGAGGCCAUGAAUGAAGAGCUCAUUGUGAGAAGCCACGGCAUCCGCCUGCUGGAAGCCCAGAUCGCCACGGGAGGCAUCAUUGACCCUGUUCACAGUCACCGUAUCCCGAUAGAGGUAGCUUACAAGCGGGGUUACUUUGAUGAAAAGAUGAACCAAAUUCUUUCAGACCCCACAGAUGAUACCAAAGGUUUCUUUGACCCCAACACACAUGAGAAUCUCACUUAUCUCCAGCUACUGGAGCGUUGUAUCCAAGAUCCGGAGACUGGACUUUAUAUGCUGCAAAUAGUUAAAAGUGGGGGAAGGUACUUCUAUAUUGAUGAGAAAACAAAACAAUUUCUGCAAACACAAUUGAUCCAGAUGCAUGUAGGGAGGUACAAAGGCCAGACUGUCUCCAUCUGGCAUCUCCUGUGCUCCCCGUACAUCCAAGAACAGAGGAAGAAAGAUCUGGUAAGACAGUACAAGUGUGAAAUGCUGACAUUAGAACAUCUUAUCAAUAUCAUCACCACAAUCAUUAAGGAAACCGAAGAGAGAACUGAGAAACUAAAGGUUAAGGGCCUCAGAGGGGAGGUAUCAGUUGCAGAGCUGUUCAACUCUGAGAUAAUUGACAAGAAAACACUGGAUGAACUCCAUCACGGGGCUCAUGCUCUCGACCACCUGAUCCAGAAUGAUUCUGUGAAACAAUACCUGGAAGGAACAGGCUGCAUCGCCGGGGUCUCUGUGGCCUCAAAAAAGAUGACUAUCUAUGAAGCAAUGAAGACAGGGCUUCUCUCCCCAGAAAAUGGUCUCAUGUUACUAGAGGCACAGGCCGCCACUGGUUCCAUCACUGACCCACUGAAGAAUAAAGUAUUCUCUGUUGACCAAGCUGUCUCUAUGAGAACUGUGGGUGAUGAGAUUCAUAAGAAGCUUAUUUUUGCAGAGAAAGGCAUUACUGGAUACACUGACCCUGACACAGGGAACAAACUUUCACUCUUCCAGGCUAUGAAGAAGAAUAUAGUUGAGAAAGAUUAUGCUCUCAGGCUGCUGGAAGCCCAAAUCGCCACUGGUGGCAUUAUUGACCCUAACUAUGACCACCGCAUCCCUGUGGAAGUAGCUUACAAACGAGGCUGUUUGGAUGAAGACACCUUCCUCCUACUUUCUGAUCCAGAAUAUGGCUUCAAAGGAUUUGUAGAUCCCAGCACACAUGAAAGGAUCACUUAUGCUCAGCUCCUUCAGAGAUGUCUCAAAGACAAAGACACAGGAAUGUACCUUCUGCAGCUGCUCAACAAAAGUGAAUAUUUCUAUGUAGAUCAAACAACAAAAAAUAUUCUGACAUCCACCAAAGUGAAUGUAAAGCUUGGAAAAUAUGCAGGGCAGACUCUGUCUGUAUGGGAACUUCUUUGUUCAGAUUAUUUUGAUGAAGAAAAGAGAAAAGAGUUGAUUAAAAAAUACAAGCAGGGAUCCUCAGUUAUUCUUCAACACAUCACAACUGAAAUUCUGAACAUCAUAGAAGAAAAAGAACAAAACAGAAAGGAUAUAUGGUUCCAAGGUCUACGGCAGCAAGUGACAGCUUCAGAAUUAUUCAAAGCUGACAUAUUAAGUCAGGACACAAUAAGGAAGCUGGAGGAGGGAAAACAGAGUGUCCAAGAAGUGGCAAAUAUGGAUUCAGUCAGGAGGUACCUGGAAGGCAACAGCUGUGUUGCUGGAGUGCUUCUGCCAUCCAAAUCAGACCCUUCCAAGAUGGAGAAGAUGACCAUCUACCAGGCCAUGUGGAAGGGAAUUCUGAGGCCAGGCACUGCCUUAGUGCUGCUGGAAGCCCAGGCUGCUACAGGGUUCAUCAUUGACCCCCUGAAGAAUGAGAAACUCUCUGUUGAUGAUGCCAUUUCUGUGGGAUUAGUAGGUGGAGAAAUACAUAACAAACUCCUUGCUGCAGAGAAAGCUGUGACUGGAUACAGUGACCCAUACACAGGGAAAAGAAUUUCACUUUUCCAGGCAAUGAAGAAAGAUCUUAUACUCAAAGAACAUGGGAUCCGUUUGCUGGAGGCCCAGAUUGCAACAGGAGGGAUCAUUGAUCCAGUCAACAGUCAUCGCAUCCCUAUUGAGGUGGCUUAUAAACGGGGCUACUUUGAUGAGCAGAUGAACCAGAUUCUCUCUGAUCCUACAGAUGACACAAAGGGCUUCUUUGAUCCCAACACCCAUGAGAACCUCACAUACAUACACCUGCUUAAAAGAUGCACAUCUGACCCUGACACAGGACUGCUAAUGCUUCAGAUAAAAAAUAAGGACUUUGCAGAAAAUAUCAGGAAGACUUCAAAGUCUACCACAAUACCAGCUGCAACAUUUUUUACAGAGCAGAAGGAGGACAGUUUUGUUGACCCAGAGCAGAGUGAAAAGGAAAAGGCCUUGAAGGCUCGUAUGGCUAAAAUCACCGUCGGAGAGUUCUGUAGCCAGAAGGUCUCUGUGUGGGAUCUGCUUCAUUCCAAGUACAUCCCUGAGGGGAAGAGGAAGGAGCUUUUGCAGCUGUACAAGACUGGCAUUCUCACCACUGACCAGAUGGAAACUGUGGUCACCGGAAUCGUGAACAGAACAGAGGAGGAGAAAACGAAAGAAGCACAUUCCCACUCAGCCAGUCCCGACAUGGCAUCUUUAGCAGAGGAGGAGGAGGAAGAGGGAGAUGAUCCAGAGCAGAGUGAAAAGGAAAAGGCCUUGAAGUUGCGUAUGGUUGAAAUCACGGUCGGGGAGUUCCGUGGCCAGAAGGUCUCCGUGUGGGAUCUGCUGCAUUCCAAGUACAUCCCUAAGGAGAAGAGGAAGGAGAUUUUGCAGCUGUACAAGACUGGCAUUCUCACCACCGACCAGAUGGAAACCGUGGUCACCGGAAUCGUAAACAGAACAGAGGAGGAGAAAACGAAAGAAGCACAUUCCCACUCAGCCAGUCCCGACACGGCGUCUUUAGCAGAGCAGGAGGAGGAAGAGGAAGAUGAUCCAGAACAGAGUGAAAAGGAAAAGGCCUUGAAGGCUCGUAUGGUUGAAAUCACCGUCGGUGAGUUCCGUGGCCAGAAGGUCUCCUUGUGGGAUCUGCUGCUUUCCAAGUACAUCCCUGAGGAGAAGAGGAAGGAGAUUCUGCACCUGUACAAGACUGGCAUUCUCACCACCGACCAGAUGGAAACCGUGGUCACCGGAAUCGUAAACAGAACAGAGGAGGAGAAAACGAAAGAAGCACAUUCCCACUCAGCCAGUCUGGACACGGCGUCUUUAGCAGAGCAGGAGGAGGAAGAGGAAGAUGAUCCAGAGCAGAGUGAAAAGGAAAAGGCCUUGAAGUUGCGUAUGGUUGAAAUCACGGUCGGUGAGUUCCGUGGCCAGAAGGUCUCCGUGUGGGAUCUGCUGCAUUCCAAGUACAUCCCUGAGGAGAAGAGGAAGGAGAUUCUGCACCUGUACGAGAUGGGCAUUCUCACCACUGACCAGAUGGAAACCGUGGUCACCGGAAUCGUAAACAGAACAGAGGAGGAGAAAACGAAAGAACAUUCCCACUCAGCCAGUCCCGACACGGCGUCUUUAGCAGAGCAGGAGGAGGAAGAGGAAGAUGAUCCAGAACAGAGUGAAAAGGAAAAGGCCUUGAAGGCUCGUAUGGUUGAAAUCACCGUCGGAGAGUUCCGCGGCCAGAAGGUCUCCUUGUGGGAUCUGCUGCAUUCCAAGUACAUCCCUGAGGAGAAGAGGAAGGAGAUUCUGCACCUGUACAAGAUGGGCAUUCUCACCACUGACCAGAUGGAAACCGUGGUCACCGGAAUCGUAAACAGAACAGAGGAGGAGAAAACGAAAGAACAUUCCCACUCAGCCAGUCCCGACACGGCGUCUUUAGCAGAGCAGGAGGAGGAAGAGGAAGAUGAUCCAGAACAGAGUGAAAAGGAAAAGGCCUUGAAGGCUCGUAUGGUUGAAAUCACCGUCGGAGAGUUCCGUGGCCAGAAGGUCUCCGUGUGGGAUCUGCUGCAUUCCAAGUACAUCCCUGAGGAGAAGAGGAAGGAGAUUCUGCACCUGUACAAGAUGGGCAUUCUCACCACUGACCAGAUGGAAACCGUGGUCACCGGAAUCGUAAACAGAACAGAGGAGGAGAAUACAGACAAAUCUCUUUGGUUCGCAAAUCAAAACCCAGAGACCAAGCAAUUAACAAGAACCCGAAGUGUUCCUUUUGGUUAUUCCCCCUCUUUGGAGGACAUGUUACGGUCUGAAAGUAGUGUAGUAUCAGUUGGUGAUUUCCAAGGGCAGAUGGUAUCUUGCUGGGAUCUUCUUUUCUCGCGGUACAUCUCAGAAGACAAAAGACAGGAACUUCUCAACAGACUGAAAGAAAAUAUCAUCUCAGUUCAGGAACUGAUAGGCAUUCUCACCAAUAUCGUCACAGAAGCAGAAGGACAUCGUCAGUCCUCGAGGCCUGGCAGUGGUCAAGUGGGCGUAUCAGAGAAAAGUGACAAUUCAUAUGCACAACAGCAGCAGCAACUGAAGAAAUCUUUGCGGACAACCAUGGUUGAUGUGACUUGUGGACAAUUUAAGGGACAAAAGGUCUGUGUGCUGGAUCUUCUAUUUUCCAAAUAUGUCCCUCAGGAUAAAAGGCAAGAACUUCUCGAGCUGUACAGGGCAGGGACAUUACCUAUUCAAGAUAUGGUUAAAGAGAUUGUCACCAUGAUUGAAGAAACCGAACACAAACAUGGGAAGGUAGAUGUUAAAAGAAAAAUGUCCAGUAAAAAGCGGGCAUUCACUUGGACAGAUAAAGGUGCUGACUCAUAGUAAUGGGGCAUUGGCUCCUUGAUGCUCAGUCUUCUCAAGAGUCAUAGAGAGAACCAUCAACUACGCCCAUGUGCAUUCGAGCCUCCUAUAUCUCCACAGAUUCUGGCGUUGUUUUCUUACAGAGGGAAAGUGAUUAUCUGCUAUUCGCUUUUUGAGAACAACCCUCAUCUCUGAUGGGCACCUCGGACUCUCGUUUCUUUCAAACAUUUAGCCUCGAUGACUGAUUAUUCAUCUGUGAAGCAGCUGGGUCAGCCAUCCCUUUCCCCUGCUUGGCAGACCUCUGUGCUGGGUUACAUGGCUAGUAAAAAUGAUGGAUGCGGGUCUCCCUUGCACCGAAGACAACACGCAAAAAGCAAUCUGUUGCAUGAUCCUUUUGGGGUGUAUUCACCCUUCUAGGUUGAGAGCUGACUCCUGAGCCAGGCACACAAGAGUGAAUCUCCUACAGGAUCGCAUGAUUCCAACAUCCAUCUAUGUUUUGGCAGUCCUUCCCUUUUCCCAACCAAUGCCUUUGAACUGCAGCUAGUGAGGUCUUGCUAGGACUGAGAACAAAGACACCCUUGGCUUCCUGUCUCUUUGCCUGUUAUUUCAUGUGUCAUUGUGGUGAAUGAACUGAUGGUCAGCUAUUGUCCUCUAGAGGUACCUCCAGUGCCUUCCAUAUCAUUUUGAAGGGGACCUGGGUGGCUUGACUGGUAACUGUUCCUCCUGGGCCUGAAUCUGCAUUUGACGGCCUCCCACUGGUAGAGGCAGCUUUGGUCAACUCUGUUUAUACUACUAAUAAUAAACCUUUAAAUGUU